GCAGACUGGCCGAUGAUUUUCAUCUUUUGUGUAAAUAUACCAGUCACCCAACCAUGUCUGUCAUCAACAUCAACUGUAGCUUCAGCUGGUAAACUCUCUAACCAGCACCCUUCAUCAGCCUCGCUGGAUUCAUAUGGCCAUGACGCUGGCUACAUAAACAAGGGGUACAAUUCAUGGCAAGCAUGGCUUGUGGUGCUGGCAGGGGGUGUCCUGGCCAUGAUUACUUUGGGUGCAUCUCGGGCACAUGGGGUGUUUCAGGAAUACUACAUUAUUGACGAGUUCCCCAAUGCCUCAACAGCAGAUAUCUCGUGGAUUGGCUCGGUGCAGAACAUGUGCCUCAAUCUGUGUGGGGUGGCCGUUGGAAUCCUGAGCCAAAUCUACGACACCCGGAUACUUUGUGCCGCAGGUGCUGCAACGAUGGGCCUGUCAUUUAUUGUUGCCUCGUUCUGCACCGAGCUUUGGCAGCUCGUGCUAGCACAGGGGUUUGCGUACGGCUGUGCAGCUUCAUUCCCAUAUAUCCUUGGUGUCACAGUGCCUAUGCAGUGGAUAGAGAAACGACGCGGGCUUGCUGUUGGCAUCGUGUAUAUGGGCUCUGGCGUGGGCGGCAUAUGGAUUUCGGUGCUGACCCGCACCUGUAUCGAAGCCCUGGGUCGGGACUGGGCCAACCGCAUCCUGGGAAUCAUCAUGAUUGUGGUGGGCGUGGCCUUGUCACCGCUAAUGCUGGCUCGUCGGCCCAAGCAGCGCCCAAAAAAGCUGCUUGACCUGAGCGUUGUCAAAGAGUCACGCUUCCUGCUAAUUGCAGCCGCCAGCUUCUUCUCGAUGGGACCCAACACCGUACCUUUCCUAAUGAUGCCAACCUAUGUAACCAAGGUGCUCGAGGAAAGCAUAUUUGGGCGCCUCAUUGCAGGCUUCCUUUCAGACAGAUAUGGCCCAAUUAACAUACUAGUUAUAUGGACAGCAUUGGCAGCAUUCAGCCAGCUAGGCCUGUGGCUGCCAUUCAAAAACGUUCCUGCACUUAUUGCCGCAGCUGCACUGUUUGGCGUUACUGGGUCAUCCAUUAUAGGGAUGUUGCUGAAUGCACUGUCACACAUGUUUGGUGUGGCUAGAAUCACCUACAUCUCAGGGCUGGUGUAUAUGACAUACUCCAUUGCGUCGCUCGCUACCGCCCAGUCUGCCAGCCUGAUGCUGGACACAGUGGGUCACGGCACCGACUACACCUGGGCCAUCCUAUACACGGGCAUGCUGCUCGUUAUAUCGACGGUGAUCCUGGUCGCACUCCGGCUCAAGCUCAGCACCAAGCUGCUGUUCUUUGCGUAAAUUCCGAUUUUGUUGUAUUAGCACGUGAUUAAAUUUUGGUUGCGCUUCCAU